UUUUCGUGCUGGUGCUGGUGCUGGUGCUGGUGCUGGUGCUGGUGCUGGUGCUGGUGCUGGUGCUGGUGCUGGCUGCCGGGGAGAGGUGCGUCAGGCCAGGAUGCGGGGCAGCCCGGCGCCCAGCUCUGCCUCGUCGUCGGCCUCCGACCUGAGCCGCAGCCCAGCGCACAGCAGGUCGGACUUGCGGCCCGGCACGUCGGGCGACUACAACCUGAGUAUCAGCCUGUCGGCCUGCACGCUGCUUUCCGAGGGGGCUGUGGAGCCCAUGCAGAUUGAUGUGGAUCCCCAGGAAGACCCCCAGAACGCACCUGAUGUGAACUACGUGGUGGAGAACCCUACCCUGGAUCUGGAGCAGUAUGCAGCCAGCUACAGCGGCCUGAUGCGCAUUGAGCGGCUGCAGUUUAUCGCUGACCGUUGCCCUCCUCUGCGGGUGGAGGCCUUGAAAAUGGCCCUGUCCUUCGUGCAAAGGACCUUCAAUGUGGAUAUGUAUGAAGAGAUCCACCGGAAACUCUCUGAGGCUACCAGGUUAUCCCUCAGGGAACUGCAGAAUGCGCCGGAUGCCAUCCCCGAGAGUGGAGUGGAGCCCCCACCCCUGGACACAGCCUGGGUGGAGGCCACUCGGAAGAAGGCCCUGCUGAAACUGGAGAAGCUGGACACAGACUUGAAGAAUUACAAGGGCAAUUCUAUCAAAGAGAGCAUCAGGCGUGGCCAUGAUGACCUGGGUGAUCACUACCUGGACUGUGGGGACCUCAGCAAUGCCCUCAAAUGUUACUCUCGAGCCCGGGACUACUGCACCAGCGCUAAGCAUGUCAUCAACAUGUGCCUCAACGUCAUUAAGGUCAGCGUCUACUUGCAAAAUUGGUCUCAUGUGUUAAGCUAUGUCAGCAAGGCUGAGUCCACUCCAGAGAUUGCUGAGCAGCGUGGAGAGCGGGACAGCCAGACCCAAGCCAUCCUCACCAAGCUCAAGUGUGCUGCAGGCCUGGCUGAGCUGGCUGCACGGAAGUAUAAGCAAGCCGCUAAGUGCUUCCUUCUGGCUUCUUUUGAUCACUGCGACUUCCCAGAGCUGCUGUCCCCCAGCAAUGUGGCUGUCUACGGUGGCCUGUGUGCCUUAGCCACUUUUGACCGGCAGGAGCUGCAACGCAAUGUCAUCUCCAGCAGCUCCUUCAAGUUGUUCCUGGAGCUGGAGCCACAGGUCAGAGACAUCAUCUUCAAAUUUUAUGAGUCCAAGUAUGCUUCAUGCUUGAAGAUGUUGGAUGAGAUGAAGGACAACCUGCUCUUGGACAUGUACCUGGCCCCCCACGUCAGGACACUGUAUACUCAGAUUCGCAACCGGGCCCUCAUUCAAUACUUCAGCCCCUACGUGUCAGCUGAUAUGCACAAGAUGGCUGCAGCCUUCAACACGACAGUUGCAGCCCUGGAGGAUGAGCUAACGCAGCUCAUCCUGGAGGGGCUCAUUAAUGCCCGCAUCGAUUCACACAGCAAGAUACUGUAUGCUCGAGACGUGGAUCAGCGCAGCACCACCUUUGAGAAGUCCCUGCUGAUGGGCAAGGAGUUCCAACGACGUGCCAAAGCCAUGAUUCUGAGGGCAGCUGUGCUGCGCAACCAGAUCCAUGUCAAGUCUCCUCCUAGAGAAGGGAGCCAAGGGGAGCUGACUCCAGCCAACAGCCAGUCACGGAUGAGCACCAACAUGUAAAAGGCAUCUCCCUGACCUUGAGUGUGGUCUGCACUCCUACCCUGCCCAUGGGAGCAGCACCUGGGCCUCCUGCCUGCUUUCCUCAAGAGGAGGCUCCGGACUGUGUGUGGUUCAGUAGUGCAGCCUGGCCCUUCCACUCUUGAGGUAUUCUCUGCUGUGGCAGGCAAGCUGCCCAUUAUGGCCACUCAGGCCUGAUUCUAGGUUUCUGACCCAACGAAACAGACCGUGUGCAAUGCCCAGGUAGGGGAACCUCAAACCCCUCCUGUCCAUGUGUAGUUGUGACUGCAGCAGUGUAGUCCAUUAAAGUCUAGAUUGAUCAUU